CUGAAGCGCCGAGCUCACAGCAGCACUGACUAGCGGCCGGCACGUAACCGAGGCUUUCGUUGGCCAAAAUUUAGCUUUCAGAUGGGCCCCGUUGCCUAGCGUUAACCCCCUCAGCCUCGCCGACUGACUCCAAUCACCAGCAGCGCGUCUGGCUCACUAAAAGGUCUCCACCAGGUCCAUCAAGCAGCAGCACCAUGGCAGCCAUUCCAGCAGGCGGUUCUCUAGUGGCCACCACAGACUACUACCGAAGGCGCAUUGGAUCGACAUCCAGCAGCAGUUCGUGUGGCAGUUCAGAGUACAGCGGCGAGGUCAUUCCUCACCAUCCAGGACUUCCCAAGCAGGACUCUGGUCACUGGUGGUCCAGUUUCUUCUUUGGGAAGCAGCCAGGAAUGACCCCUCUGACUGAGGAGGCACAGCAGAGGGUGGGUCUCCCGGGUGUGCAGACAAAUGGCAGCAUCACCUGCGUUGCCAAGGAGAUGGUGAUGCAGCGCCAGGUGAGCGAGGGCAGCGAGGCAGGAAGCCCCGCCUCCUCCUGAUGCUACUGUCACAUUCCCACAGCCACGUCACACCUCGGGAAGCGUCCGCCACCAACGCUAGGUGACGGGAGGACGCCCCGUUUACGUUUUUUUAUUUCGCUCCUCUCUCUUAGUAGUUGUAGGAUCCUUUGUGUGUGUUAUAACUUUUUUUAUUGAAGAAAAAAAUGAUGUAAUGUGUUGUUUUUUUGGCCCUACUUGUUCUGUAUCUGUACACUUAACACUUUUUCACUUUGUCACCCUGAUUGGAAGCUAAAUGCAAUAAAGUAGAUUGUUGCAUCUGAA